AACGGAACUGAUGGAGACUACGUACAUGUUUUAUUGGAGACUUGAAAAGACCAAUUGGAUGAGAAUAGCCUAUGGUUUACGUCGUGAAAAUGGUAUGAUACUUUGCGGCACACGGAAUUGAGCACCGCGGGUGAUUCCCCACCUCUGUGAGUCUCAAACACUAUAUCUUCUCAGUUUGUCUCGUAUUCGUCCUCCAGGCAGAGUGCGUACAACCCUCAUCGAAGCAGACACAGCCGCGCAUGGCCGCCAAUCUGUUCCGUUUAUGGGGCACAGCAUCCUUUCAGGCAGCCUACACCGUAUAAUACAUUCAGACAACGCAGUCCUUUAGGCUACAGGAUUUCAAUUUUUUUUUUACUUGAUAGCCUUUCAAGGAAAUAUUAUAUUUUUCUUUAUUUACGUUUUCCUUGCCAACUGGAUAAAAAUAGGCUACAUAUUAUUUAUUGAAACUCCUUUAUGGCCAGUAUUUAUAAAUAUCAAUGGAAUGAUACGUCUGCUGUGCAGUCCUGCGCUUCAUCGGAUACCUGGCUGGUUUUACAGGGCGUGGUGUUCAUGCUAAACACUACAGGUGACACAGCUCAGGAGGUGGUGUACUGGAGAGACGCGUGUGCCGGUGAGACACCACCAAAAAUGUACAGAACAGAAAUCAAGACUGUUUACUAAGGAGAUCUCUACAAUAAUAUUUAGCCAAAACCCAGAUAUAGAGAGAGUGUGAACUUGACUAAAGCCAAAAAAACAUGACUCACUUGCAAGCGGGCCUGACCUCCGAGACCACAGAGAAAGCUCGCCAGGAGCUCAACGAGAACCCUGACACCCUCCAUGCGGACAUCCAGCAGGUGCGCGACAUGAUCGUGACACGGCCCGACAUCGGCUUCCUGCGCACGGACGACGACUUCAUCCUGAGGUUUCUGCGGGCGCGCAAGUUCAACCAGGCAGAGACCUUCCGGCUCCUGGCCCAGUAUUUUCAAUUCCGCCAGCAGAACCUGGACAUGUUCCAGAGCUUCAAGGUGGACGACCCGGGGAUCAAGAGGGCUCUGAUGGACGGCUUCCCAGGUGUCCUGGAGACACCGGAUCAGCAUGGCCGGAAGAUACUCAUCCUAUUUGCUUCCAACUGGGACCAGGGAAGGAGCUCUUUCACAGACAUCCUCCGAGCCAUCCUUCUCUCCCUGGAGGUUCUCAUAGAGAACCAAGAACUCCAGAUCAACGGCUUCAUCUUGAUCAUCGACUGGAGUAACUUCUCCUUCAAGCAGGCAUCCAAGCUCACGCCCAAUAUUCUCAAACUGGCAAUCGAAGGCCUGCAGGACAGCUUCCCUGCUCGCUUCGGUGGGAUCCAUUUUGUGAACCAGCCCUGGUAUAUCCACGCCAUGUACACCAUCAUCAAGCCUUUCCUCAAGGACAAGACUAGGAAAAGGAUUUUCCUCCACGGGAACAACCUCAACAGUUUACACCAGCUUAUCCUACCCGAUUGUCUGCCAUCCGAGUUUGGUGGCACGUUGCCGCCCUAUGACAUGGGCAUCUGGGCACGGACCCUCUUAGGGCCCAACUACAACGACGAGACGGAGUACACACUCACCUACGACGCCCUCCAUGUCAAAGGGAGCUAUGGUGGCGGAGAUAAGGAAUGUGCCAACAAACUUCUGAAAAGUGACAUCAAUAAGGGAUCAAAGCUUUCACCUGGAUUUUCCUGGUCCGAGUCAGCCGUGGAGCCGGGUACCCUACGGCAAGCUGACAGGGACAACACGGCACAGCCACUCCUGGCUCUGGACUGAUCUCUCCGAUCCGUCCACAUUGUAUCCAAAGCACUCUAAUUUGGAUUCCAACCCCACUGACUCCAAAAUCCUAAACUGAACUUUGAGAAAGUCAAAAACGCAGAGGCACGGACCCAAAAUGGAGACUAAACCCUUUUUCACAUGGAGCUACUGUACUGAAAACCUCUCAUCUCUUGACUGUGAGCCAGUGCCAGUUUCAAAAGCUGUGCCAUCCACUUUCACUGGCAAAACUAUAGGUCACCAGCCAUCCAAAUCAAUGCCGAUAGGAGUAGAAUGAUUAAACUAAUGUUUGUUUUAACAGUACCACUAGGAAAGACUGACUGGCCGAGUUAAAUGUCCAAAAGCCUCGCAAACAGAAUGCCAAACUACUGUAUCUUACUGUUUUAGGGGCUGUCAUUUCUAUGAAAGUCAAUAUAUUUCAAGAUUGUAUAUUUAUCAGGGCUACUGCACUAUCAGUGUGACCUCCAUCGAACCAAAAUGUAUUUAAGUCAACUUUAAAAGAAUGUAUAGGAAAUGUAUUUUAAGUUAUGUGUUGUGUUCAUUACGUGUGUGUGUGUUCAGGUUUUGUCAUCGAAAAUCACACAGCGGAGUAUAAUUUCAAAUGAGAUGAAUCACAUUAUUGUUACACUAUAUAAAUGAAGCUACCUAUGUAAAUAAACACAACUUUCUGUUUAUGUUUAGAUCACUUGACACCAUUUUGACCUCAUUUUUCAUUUACUGAAAAGAAGCUAUUUAGUUUACAAUUAUUCAGUGCAACUAAUUACAACAUACAAAAUAGAAUUGAAAGAUGCAUUACUUACUUGGCAGGCCAAGUUACAACAGAUGGAACAGUUCAGUGAUUUCAACACUACAAAAAGUGAUAGAUUCAUAACAGAGUACCACAAAAGGUGAAAUAAUUCUCAAACGAUGUGGCUUUUGUGAACGUGCUUGAUUUACUACAGCAUUGUAACUAAGAAACUAUUUUGGAGUCAGGAGGAUAACUUGAAUGUGUUAUCACAGCCUAAACAGAACCCCAAGACACCCAUGUCCAUGACAGACAGCCACACUUGGGUGAAAAGUUCAUCCUUUUUUGGGCAGACAGGAUGACAUCCAAUAGUCCUGACGAAUGAUUCCGACCCAUGGCAUUAUGAUAUGUUUACAUACUCCUCUGAAGUAGGAAACGUGGGGUACAUUGAUGUUACCCCAGUUUCCUGUAUUUCCUACCCGUAAGAUCAGUAUGAGCGGUUUUGGACAUCUGAAACAGGUAGCUAUGAUGAGUCAGCGGGCUUGCCAGGAAUUUCUUAGUCCUGAGUUUCUGAAUAUUCUGAUAGCACAUGAACUCAGCAGAAUCCCACUGGACUGAUUUGGACAUGAUUUCAUUGCUGCGAUGAAGCGGAUUACCAACGCACAUAGAGAGUGAUUAAAUAACAACAUCUAGAAGAAUAUGCUUCGGCAUUUCUUUUUCCUUUUGAAAAUCAACAUUGGUCAAGCAAAGACCCCUUCUAGUCAGCUUUGCUAUACCUGGAAUGCAGCAGACCUGGGUGAAAUGCUUUCUAAUACUCAAGAAUAGCCUAUGUAGUGCACUUUAUUUAUCUCAGAUUCUCCUCUUAGGGACUAUUCCAUUGUACAAGGCAAACUAAAUUAAGCGCAUUUGAAGUAUUGGGAAGUAUUUGACAUUGGUUUUUGACCCAGGUUUGGAAUGCAGUGUGACAAGACUGGUGUACAUUCAACAUGCUCCUGCCUAACCUUUACACAGGGAAAUUAGCAUUUUAUAAAACAUUCAAAUGUUAUGCAUGUACAAAAUAUAUGCCUUCAGUCAAAAUGUUCAUAUUUGAUACAUUUAAGAAUGUAAAUUCACAAGUUUGGCAGGACUUUAAAUUACAGAGACAAGCCUGUUGAGUAUAAUGGGCUGUGUGUGCUCCCAGGUCAAGGCACAGUUGAAAAUAUGUCAGCGUACAAAAAUGUGUUUUUUUUUUUACAAUAUUAAUUCUGCAAUAAAAACAUUCUUGGCAUUGUGA